GUCUUUUUUCUUUUUCUUUAUUCCCCCCCCACCCCCUCUUCUCCCUCUAUCUCUCUUGAUCCCUCUCUGCAGGCAGUCCAGGCUAUGCAGCAGUUAAUUCAUCCCAUCGAUGAUAUUCAUUUUGCCAAGGAGGAGGAUGGGAGCAGGAUGGAACUGUCCCAGCUCCUCAAUGAGAUCAGGAGACACUAUGAAGCUCUCAUCACCAGUAGUCACAUCCCCUGCGAGCUGUCAGCCAGGAGCCAGCUGGAAGAGGAGGAGGCCAGGCAGAAGAUGCAGAAGGAUGAAGAAGAACUGAGGGCUGCAAGAGCCAAUCUGAAUGAAGCCAGGAAACAAUAUAAAACCCUUCAAGUUGAGAUUGAGUCUCUCCAAGCCAUGGAGAGAAGUCUGAAAUUCACGCUACAUGCCACAGAACAGCAACAUCAGAAACAGCUUGAAGCAUUGUCAGCCAUCAUUGCAGACUUAGAACAGGAGCUGCAGGAGGUCAGAGCUGGGGUUAGGACUCAGAUACAAAAGCACCAGCUGCUUCUCAACACCAACAUGAAGCUCGAGCAUGAAAUCUCUGCAUACCGCAGAUUGCUGGAAAGUGAAGAGAUCAGGUUAUAUGGCACUAAACAAAUCCAGGAACCCAAAUCAUCUACAAGCAAAAUAAGUUUUACCUUACCUUCAGGAUCUAUAGAAAAAAAUACAGAGGUCUGUACAGAAGCUACAAAAAAACAGCUGCUCUUCAAUGGUAAUAUAGCAGAGGAGGGUGCAGAGGCCAGCGGCACAGUACAAACAGAGAAGGUGGAUCAAGUGAUCAAACAGUGGGAAGGUUCCUUCUUCAAAGACAAUCCAAAACUAAGGAAGAAAUCCGUAUCCUUAAGAUUUGACCUCCAUCUGGCAGCUGCAGACGAAGCGUGUGCCCAAACCAAACAGGACAAUAUACCCGAUAUAGAGGUUCGACUAAUCAUGAGGCGAUCAUGUAGUAUUCCCUCCAUGAGUCCAUGA